AUGAGUGCCGAUUUGGAGGCGCUCAGGAGAGAGGUGGAAGCGAUGAAGAAGACUUCCACACAAGUCUGGGAGGAGCCGCCGGCGGCGACCAAGCAGCCAACCAGGCGGAGGAUUUCCUCUUCGUCUGUGCGAGAGAUUAUAAAGAGGCGGCAACUGAGCGAGCUUGCCGAGGUGCUGGACACCCCAGGUAUGAUGACGCAGGGGACGGAAGAGUCGUGCCAGAUGGAGUUGGUGGCGGCUGUACCGCAACACCAGCACAGAAGUAGCCCCCCAAUGGGGUUGGAGACACUCGUGUCCCUCCUUAAAAAGAAGGUGGAGGACCUGACGGAAGAGGUCAGGGGCAGGGAUAAGAAGAAGCCUGCCGAUAGAGGAGAGAAAGAGACUCAGCCGAAAGCGCCUUCCAGGGCUGCCUCGGCCUCCAGGAAGGGAGGCAACCAGGUGGAAGUCAAGAAGGGCCCGGCCAACCCUACUCCCCCACCACCACCACCAGCCCAGCCAUCCACCACGGAGAUGUGGUCGACGGUGGUGGGCAGGAAGGCGAGGAGAGAAGCCAAGAAGGCGGAGCAGCCUAAAACCAAGACGCAGGCGACGCCGAAGAGCAACGCCCCCCAGAAGAGGGUGACGGCGCUGAGGCCACCUAGGAUGGCCGCGGUCACGCUGACGGUAGCGCAAGGGGCGAAAGUGACCUACGCCGAGAUCUUGUUAAAAGCUAGACAAGCGGUGGACCUGGCCCAGAUGGGGAUUCAGGACAUCAAAGUCAGGAAGGCGAUCACAGGAGGGAUCGUAAUCGGUCUCCCAGGAGAGGAAAGCCGGAGAAAGGCAACUGAAUUGGCCGACAAGCUCCAACGGACGUUCACCGACGGACAGGUCAGGGUGGCCUGUCCAGUAAAAACAGGUGAACUGAGACUGGUGGGCCUUGACGAGUCAAUUACGCCCAAGGAUGUAGCCGAGGCUCUAGCAAAAUCGGGAGAAUGCCAGGCCAGCGACAUGAAGGUUGGCGAAAUCAGGCAAAUCGCAAAUGGAAUGGGGACGUUAUGGGCACGCUACCCACUCACCGCCCUGCAGAAGAUUGAGGCGGCAAGGAGAGUGCGAGUCGGGUGGUCUUCCGCAAGGAUAGAGAUCCUGGAGGCCCGCUCGCUAAGGUGUUUCCGCUGUCUGCACAAGGGCCACACGGCGAGAAAGUGCACGGAGAAGGAGGACCGCUCGGGUCGCUGCUACACCUGCGGAGCAGAGGUCCACAAGGCCGCGAGCUGCACCAAUAAGCUCAAGUGCCCUCUGUGCAGCGACCUGGGCAGACCCUACUCGCACAAGUUGGGAGCGGAGAAGGAGAAGGAGCAACAACCACCCCAAAAUGAAGGAGACACCAUGGAGGUGGUGGAGGAUGCUGCGACGACCUCCUGCACCAUACCCUUUCGGUGGGGGGAAUUGGUGGUGGUGGGCGUUUAUGCCCCGCCUCGUUGGCCCCUCGCAGAAUUUGAGGAGAUGUUGGAUCGGGUGGGACAAGUAGUGUCGCGUUGUCCCACCCAACGCGUGUUGGUGCUCGGGGACUUCAAUGCCAAGGCCAGGCAGUGGGGGUCCCCGGGUACCGACGCGAGGGGAGAGGCGGCCCUCGAUUGGGCGGCGGCACGAGAGCUCCUGCUUUUGAACAGGGGCUCAGUGAGCACGUGCGUGCGGCCCCAGGGGGAGUCCAUUGUGGAUCUCACGUGGGCUUCCCCUGCGGCUGCGCGCGACGUCGCGAGCUGGCGGGUGGUGGAGGAGGUGGAGACCCUGAGCGAUCAUCGCUACAUCAGGGUCGACUUCUCCUCCGACACCCCGUGUCGCCGUGGCCGACGCCCACCACCGAAGAGGUGGGCGCUGAAGCGGCUGGACAAAGAUAUGUUGGUGGCUGCUGCCGUCGCGGCUAGCUGGCCGGCUUCUCCGGCCAGACAGGUCGCGGACGUCGAGGGUGAGGCUAGGUGGUUCCGGGACACCGUGCAGGACAUCUGCAGUGUGGGGAUGCCCCGGGCCACCCCUCGCCCCCGCCGGGGCGCGUAUUGGUGGACGCCGGAGAUCGCUUCGCUUCGCGAGGCGUGUCUCCCGAAGCGCCGCCAAUGCCUGCGUGCCCGGCGGAGGCGUAACCGCGACCCCGCGGCGGAGCAAGUUCUGUGGAGCGACUACCGUGACGCGGUGGUCGCUGUGCAGACAGCCAUCAGGGAGUCCAAGGACCGGUCCUGGGACGAGUUCCUCGGCUCUCUGGAGCGGGAUCGGUGGGGGCGCCCUUAUAAGUUAGUGAUGGGGAAAUUGAGACCGUGGGCCCCCCCGAUAACGGAGAGCCUCGACCCCCAGACACUGGGGCGCGUCGUGGAAACGUUGUUUCCGUGGGAUGAUAGUCCCUCGACGCGCUCCGGGUCGCCGGCCCACCUUCAGUGGACCGACGAUAUGGGGGUCUCCGAGGGGGAACUCGUCGAUGCCGUCAGACGGGCAAGUGCCCGGAAUACAGCUCCGGGUCCUGACGGCAUACCGGGCCGGGUCUGGGCCUUGGUGCUCCCUUACUUGGGAGAGAGGUUAGCCGGCCUCUUCAGCGCCUGCCUCAGGGAAAGUAAGUUCCCAUCAAUAUGGAAGGCGGGGCGGCUGGUUCUUUUAAAGAAGGAGGGAAAGCCCGAAGCGGAACCGGGGUCGUACCGGCCGGUCGUCCUACUCGACGUGGUAGGAAAAAUAUUCGAGCGCGUAAUCGCAAAUAGGUUGGUGGCGCACUUCUCCGGAGAUGGUCCGGACGUGGUCGACUGUCAAUUUGGUUUCCGCAGAGGACGUAGCACGGUAGACGCGGUACAGAGGGUCCGCAGAAUAGCAGAGUCGGCCACGUCCAGGGGCGGGGUAGCGAUCGGGAUAUCGCUCGAUAUCGUCAACGCGUUUAAUGCCCUGCCCCACUGA